UUACUUCUGUCUUCACUUCCUCAGUUCCUUCCCUCCUUUCCUUCCUUCCUUCCUUCCUGCUGGCUGAAUGAAUCACAGACUGGAGCAUCAGUGAUGGAAGUUAGCGUUUCUUAAAUCUGUUUCCUCUGUCAUAAUGUUUCCCGUCAUCAUUUUAUUACAAAGAUCACACACACACACACACACACACGCACACACACACACACACCCGGAUGCUCUCCGUCUCCUCAGGGUGCUGUAAAGGAGGUGUCUCUUCUUUUUCUCAUGGGUCUCUGAGCACCAGGGCAGGUUCUGUCACUGCCUCUGGCUCUGCUGCUGCUCGUCUGAACACCGGGACCCGACUGGGACCAAGGAAAGUUUCAAGUUGAAUUUCCCAGUUGCUCUUCUCCCCCUCGCAGUGAGGUUUGGGAUGUCCUGGUCCAGACCCCAGGUGGACCCUCCUGCUUGCGAAGCAGAGGCCACGGAUCAGCCCAACAUGGACCACCACUACGAGGGCUCCCUGUUCCCCACCUCCACCCUCAUCCCCAUCACCGCCAUCUGCAUCUUCAUCUUCAUCGUCGGGGUGAUGGGCAACACCAUGACCAUCCUCAUCAUCCAGCACUUCAAGGACAUGAAGACCACCACCAACCUGUACCUGUCCAGCAUGGCGGUGUCCGACCUGGUCAUCUUCCUCUGCCUGCCCUUCGACCUCUACCGCCUGUGGAAGUACGUGCCCUGGGUUUUCGGGGAGGCGGUGUGCCGCUUCUACCACUACAUCUUCGAGGGCUGCACCUCGGCGACCAUCCUCCACAUCACGGCCCUGAGCAUCGAGCGCUACCUCGCCAUCAGCUUCCCCCUGCGCAGCAAGGCGAUGGUGACCCGACGCCGGGUCCAGUGCAUCAUCCUGGCCCUGUGGGGCUUCGCCCUGGUCUCCGCGGCCCCCACGCUCUUCCUGGUCGGGGUGGAGUACGACAACGACACGCGCCCCGACUUCAGCACGGGCCAGUGCAAACACACCAGCUACGCCAUCAGCUCCGGGCAGCUGCACAUCAUGCUGUGGGUGUCCACCACCUACUUCUUCUGCCCCAUGCUCUGCCUCGUCUUCCUCUACGGCUCCAUCAGCUGCAAGCUGUGGAAGAGCAAGAACGACCUGCAGGGCCCGUGUGCUCUGGCCCGAGAGAGGUCUCACAGGCAGACGGUCAAGAUCCUGGUGGUGGUGGUGUUGGCCUUCAUCAUCUGCUGGCUGCCGUACCACAUCGGCAGAAAUCUCUUCGCCCAGGUAGACGACUACCAGACGGCCAUGCUGAGCCAGAACUUCAACAUGGCCUCCAUGGUGCUGUGCUACCUCAGCGCCUCCAUCAACCCCGUGGUCUACAACCUCAUGUCCCGGAAGUACCGGGCCGCAGCCAAGCGCCUCUUCCUGCUCCACCAGAGGACCCGACAGGCCCGCCGUGGUCAGAGUCAGCUCAGCGUGAUCGACCGCAUGUCCACCCUGAACGAGAGCCUGACUGGGGUCUGAGUCUGCAGGUUUAUGGAGGUCAGGGGUCUGGAGCUAAAUAGGGAAUACAAAAUAAAUAGGGCUCAGUGCUUCACAGCACUUAUACAAAAUUAUGGCGUUCUUUUCACUGAGACUUUAUUAACUUUGUUAUAUGUUAGUGUUGUACGCCUACUUACAUUCAGGUAGUCUCUGUUAUCUCAUUUCCAUGCGUGACAGGAUCCUGAUGAUGGAAGUGUUUGUUUUGUUGCCUUUUACCUCUGAUUUCAGUCGGAUGUUUCAUUUUGUGGAGACGUAGCAAUUCUUCAAAUAAGUGCAUCAGGUUGUUUAAGUUAAAUAGGGUAAAGGUUUAAAAUCAUAAGAAACUGAA